UGUGCGUCUUUUCUCACUGGAGGAAAGUGGAGUCAGGAUCAAGAUUACGCAAGUGGAAAAGCAAGGACGUGGCGGGAUGGCUUGUUCCUAGUGCACCGCGGCUUCUCCGAAGGACGUUUGUGGUGACGGCCUUUCCCUGUUACUCCCGUAGCCUCUGAACAGCAUGGCGGCCUCUGCAGGGAAGAACGUGAAUCAGGGCUGUGCAAUCUUUGAAGAUGUGGCCAUUUCCUUCUCCCAGGAGGAAUGGGAGUUCCUUAAUGCAGCUCAGAGGCGCCUGUACCUUCAUGUGAUGCUGGAGAACUUUGCACUUGUAACCUCCGUAGGUUGUGUACAUAGAGUAGAUGAUAAGGAGGCAUUGAUGCCCACUGUUUGUCUGGAAGAGGUGUCACACUUGAGGACUCCAAAGGCAGUUCCAUCCACCCAGAAGAUUCACCUCUGUGACAUCUGUACCUUUGUCUUGAAAGACAUUUUACACAUGGCUGCUCCACUUGUGCAGAAGCUGUACAUGACUAGAGAAUGUGCAAGCCUAGUCCAGAAGCAUCACACUGCAGAAAAUCUCUUGAAGUGGGACAUGGACAGGACUUCAUUUGAGAAGAGCUGUGAAUUAUUUGUGUCCAGGAAAUUGUUCAAUUGUAACGACCUUUGGAAGAAUUUCCCAGCUCUUUUUGACCUUCCGAAGACCCAUGUCAUUUGUAAUGGUGAGAGGACAAAUGAUGCUGAAUUAGAGGAGACCUUUAACAAUGGAAAAAGUUGUUCCAGUUUGGUUAACAGCAACAAGGCUUUCAGCCAUAAAAAUGUGGCUUUUUAUAACCUGACACUCCACAAUGCAAAAAAGCUUUAUGAGAAUAGGAAGCAUGAGAAAAACUUACAUGAUGUCUACUCACUUGGUCAGCACCAGAGAGUUCACACUGGAGAAAGGCCUUAUGAGUGUAGAGAAUGUAGGAAAUCCUUUAAGGAAAGAAAGGCCCUUAUUGUACACCAUAGAGUUCACACUGGAGAAAGACCUUAUGAGUGUAGAGAUUGUGCAAAAUCCUUUAAGCAAAGAAAUUCCCUUAUUGUACACCAGAGAGUCCACACUGGAGAAAGGCCUUAUGAGUGUACAGACUGUGGAAAAUUUUUUACGCAACUGCAUGUACUUAAAGAACACAGGAAAGUUCACACUGGAGAAAGACCUUUUGAGUGUAGAGAAUGUAGGAAAUCCUUUAAGACAAGAAUUGCCUUUAUUGUACACCAGAGAGACCACACUGGAGAAAGGCCUUAUGAGUGUAGAGAUUGUGGGAAAUCCUUUAAGGAAAGCAAGGCUCUUGUUGCACACAAGAGAGUUCAUACAGGAGAAAGGCCUUACGAAUGUAGAGAAUGUGGGAAAUCUUUUAAGUACAUAAGUGAUAUAAAUAAACACCGGAAAAUCCACACUGGAGAAAGGCCUUAUGAGUGUAGAGAUUGUGGGAAUUCCUUUAAGGAAAGACAUAACCUUGUUGUACACAAAAGAGUCCACACUGGAAAAAGGGCUCAUGAGUGUAGAGUAUGUGGGAAAUCCUUUAAGCGAGGACGUGACCUUACUGAACACCAGAGAGUCCACAGUGGAGAACGGCCUUAUGAAUGUGCAGAAUGUGGGAAAUCCUUUAAGGGGAGAUCUGUUCUUACAAGACAUCAGAGAGUUCACUCUGCAGAAAGGCCUUAUGUGUGUACAGAAUGUGGAAAAUCUUUUAAGUACAUAAGUGGUAUAACUGUACACCGUAAAGUCCACACUGGAGAAAGGCCUUAUGCGUGCAGAGAAUGUGAGAAAUCCUUCAAGCAAGGACGUGAACUUACUGAACACCAGAGAGUCCACAAUGGAGAACGGCCUUAUAAAUGUAGAGAAUGUGGAAAAUCCUUUAAGGGAAGAUCUGGUCUUAGAAACCAUCAAACAGUUCACUCUGGAGAAAGGCCUUAUAAAUGUGGAGAAUGUGGAAAAUCCUUUCUGGACAUAGGUACCCUUUUGGUACACCUGAGAGUGCACACAGAUGCAGGUUUAUUGAGUGUGGACAAUGAGGGAAAUUCUUUAAACAAGGACCCUUAAUUUAUGCUAGAAAGUCCACAGUGGACAAAGGCCUAGUGAGUGAAGAAUGUGUGAAUGUGUUUGAGCACACAAUCAGUCUUUCUUAUCACAAGAAAUCUUUCAGUGAGGAAAACCCUGUUAUGAUUCUGAGUUGUGCACAUGUAUUUUGAAAAGCAACUUGAGUUGUUUUUCCCAACCCAGACUCAAGCAGUCUUCCACACAGUUCACUUAUCACCAGCUGGCAAGAUUUUACUGAAUAUAGUUUUGUGGUGAUUUUGGCAGAUUUAAUGUCUGUACCACGAAAUGGCUCAUUGUGUUUCUGAUCACCAGAAGAUUUACAAUGAAGAAAGAUCUUUUGAGUGUAAAGAAUGUGGGAAGUCCUUUAAACAUAGAGUACCUAAUUGUACACCAGCGAGGCCACAAUGUAGAAAGGCCUUAUGAAUGUAGAGAAUGUGAGCAAUCCUUUAAUCUAAGGUAGGCCCUUGCUGUCCACGAGAAAGGCCACACUGCAGUAAGGCUUUCGGAGUUUGUACAUUGGGUGAGCAUUAUAAGAAUUGUUCUUCAGGUUCUGGACUCUGCAAGGCCUUGACCAGAAGGAAGUAAUUUCUGUACUAUUUUAGAAAUGCCAUUUACUUCUACCACCAUGAACUUCAGGGGAAAGAAACAAAACAUAACAAAAAACUACCAUGACAUGCUAAGGUAUGGAAGAUACGUGUAUUUCUUCUGUUGCAAAUCCUUUGGGCAACUUUAUUUGCUUUGUUGUGUGAUCUUGCCAUGUUAUGAUAUUUCUAUGACCAAAUGUACUCAGUUCUGGUUAACUACAGGCUUGCAAGGAAGGCUUAGUUUCUUGGAUGAUUUUGGUCUUAUAUGAUACUUGUAGUUGAUACUUCUACCAUCAAGUCUCUAAUUGGUAACUCUGCCUGAGAUUGCUAGGGUUUGUGCAGUAAUAAAGGCUUUAUUUUUUGCAUCUACCUUUAAUAUUGCUUUGUCUGUUAACUGAAAUAGGUCACAUUACAUAGAAUUCAUCUCUGUGUAUGUGAGGUGAUGAACAGUUGUUUGGAACCCUCAAUUCUUUGUACCUCAGUAGGCAGUGUGUAAUGGCUAAUGGUAGUUUCUGAGAGAGGUUUUGGAUAAUGUGGAUGAUGGUCAAAGACUACCCAUAAAAGAAAAGGAUACUUUUCUGCUCCUAACUUGUGACCUGGAAGCUUCCAUAUUUUAUGAGGUCAUCUGAAGAGUGGUCACUUUUUAGGCCAGCACUUACUGCGUCUGAAUAGUAUGAAUUUAUGCAUUAUGUUUUACAUCAGAUGUCACAUAAUCCCAAGGAAUCUGAAAAAGAUCAUUUCUCAAGAUUAUGGAAAGAUCUGUGUUGUCUAAGGUCCAUUAUUCCACCAAUUAAUAAGAGGGUAACACUGCACACCAAGCCAUGUGCACAUGGGCCUUUACCACCUUUAGGUAAAGGUAACUAACCUUUACCACCAAGCAUGAGGAUGCAAAUAGUGUACUCAACAUGGGAUUACUGAACAUUGCAAAUACUCGGUACAGUGCUAGCAUCAAAUGCUCCCUGACAGUGUGACAUAGGAAUUAAACACCUGUGUCAGGAAGCAACCUGGGUCAGGUAUAUUCAUAGUUUUCCCACCAAACUGCCCUCAACCCAUCUGAGUGGUAGAACUGGAUUUGCGCCUCCUGAUUGAGCUUGUAUACUCAUUCUUUGUGUCCAGGUGUCUGGGGAUCAUAAGUACAUCUUUCUGCACUCAAUGCUUGACUACUGACCUAAGCACCCUCUCCCACCCGCACCCCACCUUUUUUUGUUUGUUUGAUGUACUGGGGCAUUGAACUGUGGGCUUGGUGCUGCACUUAGCCAGGCCUUCAGCCCAUGCAGCCUGAUUUCUUAAGCUACUAAGAGGAAGGUGGUGGUUCCUCCACCCCUAAUGCCAUUGCCAACUGAUGGUUGCGUUGAUCACUGUGUUGUUCUGCAGCAGAAGAUGGACAGACAGACAUCAUCUAAACUCAGCACCAGGAAUCCAAACUCAGUGUUAUCUCAUGCUUAUAAAAGGGAGGUGAACUGGAUGUUAAGUCCCAACCCCUGGGUGUAGGUGAUGGGCACCAUAAGCAAGGUGUGCAGAUGUGGCCAUAGAAUCGUGUGGGGAUAGGAUGAUCUGGUAGAGUUGUGGUCAUGGUGCACAUGGAUAACAUAUAUGAUGUGGAUGUUGAUGACUGGGUGUAACCUAGCAGUGUGAUGAUGAGCCAAGACUUUUGGUUUUUUGCUGCACCUCAGACUCACCAAUUUGUGGUGAAACUUGGUGUAACUUAGACCUUUUAGUAAGGCAAAUAGUCAUGUUUAUGGCAAGUUGUCAUUAGAAAUGUUGAAUUGGACUAAUGGAGGAGGACCACUCAGGGUUGUCUCAGCAUUAGAAUUACUGGAGAAAAUCUAUUACUAGUGAGGGGACACUAGUGAGGGACAUGAGUAGCACUAUAGGUGAAUUAGGGACAAGGAUGUUUGAGAUCCAUAUGUGGUUCUUGGAAGCAAAGGUUGAUGCAAAGACAAAGUCAGAGGGUGGCAGAAAGGCAGGAAGGGGCAAAAGGAAAUUAAUGACUGCUACAGUAAAACAAAGGAAAACUGGAGUCAGGAAGUGUUACCUGGAGACAAGAGAAUGAUCACCUCUAUCCAGAGGUUAAAGCAACCAAUAAAAUAACAUGUGGUUUUUGUAUGGGACAAGCUGUUAACCCCCCACACCUAAUUUUGGUAAACUGCUAUAAAUGGUAUAUAAGUAAAGCCUUUUUCUCGGGGCUCAGCCUUUGGAUUCGAGUCCGCUGAGUCACUGCUAGCUUGCUUAGUAAACUUGCUUCCCAAAAGCUUUGGUGCCCUCCCUGUCUCUGUCUGAGCCCUCCUGCAACAGGACAAAGAGACUGCUAAGGUACUAUGAGCAGCUGUUUGUAGCAGUGAGGACUGGAAGUGGACUGUGAUCAUUUUACAUCAUAUUUCCAUUUUCUAUGUACUUUGGGAUUUUGGUGCUGAAUAAUUACAUGUUGGAAUGAGGGAGAACAGAGGACAGACAAGUGAGGCGGUGAAUUUAUGCCCUCAGGAGAAGGUGGUUGCAGAUUGGACCACCAGCUCUGCCUUUCCUCAGCCAUAGUUUCGGUCCCCUAACUCUCCACUGAUGUAUAAUCAUAGAUAGCAGUUCCUUUAGAGCAGGACUGAAGUGUUCUAACUCUCUACACAGCCUUCAUGACAUUCUCUGCUGGUGGAGCCUUGGGGAGGCUACAUAAAAAAAUAAAACAAAUUGAGAUAAUUUCAUGAUUCUUACCAGAGUAUACUGGCAUGGAAUUAAAAACCAAUAGCAAGAGAAACUAUACACUUACAGAAUGAACACAUGCUUUUGAAUGACUUGUGGGUAAUUGAAGCAAUCAGGAAAUUUAAAAACUGGCAGAAUGAAACGAAAAGAAAACCUGAAGUUGAACAAAACCAAAAUUAAAGAAUAAUCAGUAUGAGUUUCAAUCUGGAAAAAAAAAACAGUACAACACAGGAAUCAGUAAAUCUCAAUCAUAACCCUAAAUGUAGGUAGACUUAAUUCUCCAGUCAAAAGACACAGGUUGUCAGAUUGGAUUAAAAAGCAAGAUCCAAUGAUCUGUUGUCUGUAAGAACAGCACCUCAAAACCAAAGACAAACCAAGAGUAAAUGAUUGAGUGCCUUUCCCUUAUCAGAAUAUUGGUCUGUUAACUCCACAUAGACCCACAACUAUGA